AUGUUUUCAGCAAAGACGUCUGCUCCAGCGGCUGGAGGAUUGACCAUCAACACCGGGUCGGCCAACUCACUAUUGGAUCAGGCCCAGAAGAGGAAAGCGGAGAAGGAAGAAGAUGAAAUGGAGCGGGACAUGAAGAAGCUAAUGCAGAUAUUCAACUCGGAUAGUGGUGGUGCCAAUACUCAGACGACAUCUGCGACUACGCCCGCGAAUACCAGUACUACCGGCGGUGGUCUAUUCGGCAACUUGGGAGGCAAUUCAGCUACUCAGCAAAAGCCUAGCGGCGGAUUGUUUGGCAACUUGGGAAGUGCAACGACAUCGCAACCCCAGAGCGGACAGAAUAUGUUCUCUGGCCUUGGCUCGGGCAAUACAAGUGGUGCACAACAACAAAGUGGCACGGCGACAACGAGUGCUGGAGGCGGUCUUUUUGGAGGUUCCCUCUCAUCUACAGCGCAAGCGAAGCCUGGAGGUUUGUUCUCCGGCCUGGGCACCAAUACCAGCACCACUCAAAGCGGUACUACGGGAGGCGGCUUAUUCGGCAAUACGGGCAAUACAUCUACGACACAGACUCAGUCGAAGCCGCUUUUUGGAGGCCUUGGAAGCACGACAACUGGAGGGGGACUUUUUGGCGGCAACCAGAGCACUACUCAGCAGCAACAACAGCAAAAGCCUACAUUGUCUCUGUUUGGGGGUCAGAAUACUGGGAUGCAGCAACAACCUCAACAACAGACUCCCGCCACUGGCACCGUCGUUCCGGGCGUGAAGGUCGACGUCAGCAAUCUGCUACCGACUACGAAGUUCGAAAGCUGUGCGGACGAGCUGAAGAAACAGAUCGAAACCAUUGACACGUUUAUUCUUAACCAGAUCCAUAUGUGCAAUGAGGUUUCAGAUCUUCUUCCAACCAUUGCCAACCAAGGGUCGACAAUUCCAAAUGAUGUUGAAUUCGUGCAGGGAAAGCUUGACACGAUGCAGCAUGCUCUAGAAAAUGAUGCCAGCGACAUUGACCAUGUUCGCAAGCUGGUUUCCCGCGAUGCUGCUGAGGCCCAAGUGGCAUUCCGUGCGAUUGAUACUCUUAAGCUCCCCAUGCAAUAUCAGCCCGCCACCGGUUCGGGUUGGUGGUCUGCCCCAGAUCAGCAGUUGUCAGAACGACAGUCGCUGCGAACCACGCUUAGAAACCGUAAGAGUACACUCGCCCUGCCGGAUGAUGUGGAAGCCGAUCCUUCCACUGCGGAAUCCGUGAACGGUGUGCCAGUCAAUCUUGUCGAUUACUUCUCUCAGCGGUCCGACGAAAUGAGCUCCGUCCUCGACACCUACAAACGCAAUAUCAAGGAGAUCGAAGACCACCUUUACGGCGUGGAGCUCACGCUUCAGCGACAGAUCAACGAGUUCGUGUCGUCGCGCAGCCGUGAAGGAGCUGCAGGAGGUGCUGGAUCCAAGACCGCUCUCAACGAUCUUGCUGCAGUCCUUGGAGAUGUGGAGGCUGGUAUCUUUGGCGUUGCAAGUAGGUUGGGUAGUGCUAAAGAAGAAGUCCAGGAAUUAGUUCUGGGGCCGCCAGCUCUUGGAGGACGACUCGGCUAG